UAUUACAGCUGCAGUGCAGAGAGAUACACUCUAAAGUCUAACUGAUGAUGCAAAGUCAAAAUAAUUGUUUGAUUUAAGAAGAAAAAAAAAAAGGAAAACUUGAAAAGAUAGUAAAACCUAGCAAUGCCUUACGAAAAUUCUGAGAACCCUGAAGUGGAAGUUCAAUUUGAGAGUACAACAACAGAUCAAACUCCAAAAGAAGAGAAAUUUAGGGAGAAGGAAGAAACUACUUUGUAUACUGUUUUUCAUAGUCUCUUUACUCAGAUUUUCUUUCCAGAUAAUAAUGAUGGCACAUCAAUUCCUCUUCUCUUUAAACGUACAAAGAAAUCUGUGUACAAAAAUGCUCCUUAUUUGCGACAAGCUACAAAGAAUUCUACCAAUAAUCUUCUUCUCUGGACUCGUCAAGGCAGUCCUUUCCGUGCUCUACUCGUCAUCUCUGCUGGAACAAUAACAUUUCUGUCUUUGACUGGAUUCCUCGUUUUUAUGCUUUUCUUUGUGGGUGCAACUAUCAAUGCGGUUGUCAUCUCUCUUUUUAUAUCUUUAGCUGCUGCUGGAGGCUUCUUAGCUAUCUUCUUUGCCUGCAUUACGGCAGUAUAUAUUGGAGCUUUAUCAGUGGCUUUGGUUGUCAUUUCUACUGCUACUGUCACAACAGUUAUCGCAGUUCUUAUAACCACAGGUUGGCUUACUUUUUUCUACGCCGUGUGGUGGGUGACAAAGAAAACUAUCAGCUUUGCUGAGUGCUCACUUAAUAUUACUUCUUCAGCACUAUCAGCUUAUUCUGCUGGUCGAUAUGCUAGUCAUACAUCUGCAGAUAAGGGAUCUUCAAUAGAUUGAGAUAGGGUCUUCAACCUCUCUGCCAAUCAUGGAGCACCAUCGUCGCCCCACAAAAGUUUGCCUGAUCUUCUGUAAACCUGAACAAGGAAAUCCUCUGGAUCCAACCUGUCUUUCAUUUUGUAAGCUUUGUAUAUGUUCUUUCUUCGCAUGUUUCAGAACUUCUCCGAUAUGCUCUGUUGCAUCUUCCAAGUUUGUAUCACGUACACGAUAUCAGUUUCAAUAUCAUUAUUUUGGUAAAUUCCUGGGCAGUUGAUCAAGAAGAUCUGUUUCAGAAGCAUUAUAUAUUGUCAGACGUUCGUUUCCUACUGGGUGUAUUUCAGCCUUGCUCACAGUUUUUUUUUUUUUUUUGAAGUAUUUGUACACAGAUUUGGUCUGUAAUGUAUUGAUGAAUGAUGAUUUGCCAAACAUAUGGAUAUACAACAAAUCCCACUGUUGUAGCUUGCUUUUCA